AUGAACCAAGUGCCCCAUCAUCUGACCACCAUCAAAGAUCUCACUAUUCAUUUCGUCCAUGCUCGAUCGGAGAAUCCCAAUGCAAUCCCUCUGCUUACUAUCCAUGGCUGGCCUGGCUCGUUCUGGGAGUUCAGCCAGGUAUGGGAACCCCUCACGCGCCCCAGCAACGCAAGCGAUCCGGCAUUUCAUGUUGUGACUCCCAGCUUGCCUGGGUUCUGCUGGUCGUCGUGGCCGCCCCGUGCCGGAUGGAAGCUUCAGAAUAACGCACGGAUUUUUGAUAAGCUGAUGAAAAAGCUGGGAUACCAUGAAUAUAUGGUUCAGUGUGGCGACUGGGGCGCACUUGUCGGUCGCGAACUAGGCUCCAAGUACGGUGACUCCUGCAAGCUCGUACAUCUCAACUUUGCCCCGAGCCCCAUGCCAGAUGGCGUCGAGUAUACCGAACGUGAGAAGAAGGUGGCCGAGAGAAGCCAAGAUUGGCUUCAGAAUCACAUGGGCUAUGCCGUGUGUAUGCGAACCCGCCCACAUACCAUUGGAAUCGCACUGCACGACAACCCCAUGGGUAUCUUGAUGUGGGUUGGUGAGAAAUUCAACGAGGCAGCCAAUCCCGAGAACCAGUCCAAGCCCUUUUGGACAAAGGCGAUUCUUACGACGGCUUCACUUUACUACUUUACUGGCUGCAUCCUACCAUCAAUGCUACCAUACUACGAGGGCCCGACCCAUGACAUGUUUCCCGAACUCGCCGCGAUGGAAGAACAUCAUAUCAAGGUCCCGUUUGGUUACACCUCCUUCCUUUGGGACACCGAGCCAGCGUCGAAGCGGGGUGUGGAGAGAACCGGCAAUCUUGUUUUUUACCGCGAACGCGAUGAUGCCGGCCACUUUGCUGCUCUCGAACACCCUACUGGGCUCGUGCAAGAUGUGCGGGACCUAGCUACAGAAGCCUGGCAGAGGAAGCAAGAGACGCCAUCGCGUGGUGGAGGCAUCAAGCCAUCUUUCAAACCAGUCGAUUCGAGAAUUCGGCCUGAAUACCGUUCGUAA